AUGAAGAUACAGACACUCUGCAUACAUCGUUCACUGCAAACCUUUGUACUUUGUCCCACAUCAACCCUCCUGACCAACAUACUGUAUCAUCAGCCAGUCCCCGAAAAAGACAGCUUCAUUACCCGAUCCUGCCAUACAAUUAGAAGCCAGAUGGCACUUCUGGCCAAUCAAUUAAUGGAUGCAAGAAUUCUUGGCAGUAUGAAUGGAAGAGUUGAGCUUUCCCAGUUCCUGCGAGUCACCAAUCAAAGCAUUGUCUCCCAGGUGAACUCCGCCCAAGACGACAGUCGCAAAAAUCGCAAGUAUCCAUGUCCGCUGUGUGGCAAGCGUUUCCGCUUUAACAGCAUCCUUUCCCUCCACAUGCGAACACACACUGGUGAGAAGCCCUUUAAGUGUCCGUAUUGUGACCAUAGAGCCGCUCAGAAGGGCAACCUGAAGAUACAUCUGCGUACUCACAAGCAAGGCCUUCUGGGUAAAGGCCGUGGCAGGAUCAGAGAGGAAAACAGGCUUCUUCAUGAGCUUGAGGAAAGAGCGAUCCUCAGAGACAGACAGAUACGAGCCGGCCACGUCAGCCAGCCCCAAACAUCCAGUUUACCCCAACUCAAAAAUCCACAGCUGUCCCCGACAACUGCGGCGGCAAACCAGCUCUUAACCAACUCUGGCGUAGCAGAAACCCAGCCACAUACGUCCACGUCUCCCGCAGCCACCACGGUAAACGAUGAGCCCGCGCAGAACCCCACCAACGGCUUUCGCUGCUCUUUCUGUAAAGGGAAGUUUCGGAAGCAGCAAGAACUGGAGCGGCACAUCAGGAUCCUACACAAACCCUACAAGUGCACCUUGUGUGACUUUGCGGCGUCACAGGAGGAGGAGCUCAUCGGCCACGUUGAGAUCACCCACAUUACCGCAGAGUCCAGCUCAGGUCCAAAACCUGCCACUGGGCCCAGUGAGAAGGGGAAACCUGCGGGUGAGUUCCCCUGUGACAUCUGUGGUCAGACCUUCAGUCAGGCCUGGUUCUUGAAGGGUCACAUGAGGAAACAUAAGGACUCUUUCGAGCACUGCUGUCAAAUCUGUGGUCGCCGUUUCAAAGAACCCUGGUUUCUCAAAAACCACAUGAAGGUCCACCUUAACAAGUUAGCAGCUAAGAGCAAUCUCUCCACCGACCACGACCCUUUUAAGUUGAGUAGCCUGUCGCAGGACCAUCAAAGCAACCUGUACUCGCAAUACAUGUCCCGCAUCCACAACAGAUUCCUGAUGAGCGAGAGAGCUGACCAGCCCGAUUACAACCAGAUACUCGCCACGGCAGGCGUUGACAUGAAGGUUAGGGAAAUGUUAGGGAGAAUGAUUUCCUCGGGGCCCAGCCCGCUCUCAGAGGCAGACAGCUCCUCUCUGUUAGGCCUUAACCACUUCUCCUCGCCUCUGAGUUCAACAAGCAUGGAAUAUCUGCAGAAAGUCAUGUCUAACAGAGAUGCACUCAACAGCAGCAGCAGCAGCAUUUACCCCGGCUGGCAGAUCAUGACACCAGGGAUUCCCAGUGAUCAGCAAAUGUUCAAUCCUAAAGACUUACAGCCGCAGCAGCCGCAGCAGCAGCGCUCACCCUACUUGCCUGAAAAAUGUCUUCCCUCUGACGACGGGAAAGCGUGUCUCAGUGAUCCCGACACCAAGGUCACCAGCAGACCUGGUAGCACCGGCAGCGUGAGUCAUCCUGGGACAGCAGAGAUCUUCACAGAGACAGGAAGCUCCCUCUCAAGCAGCGGCCUGGACCACAGACCCCAAUCUUCAUCUCCAGCUGCAGGUGAAAAAGUCUACAGGUGUCCGGUCUCCAGUGACUACUCCGCGGCACAGACGGCCUCCCUCGGCUUCCAUAUGGACCGCUACAACUUCCCCCACUGGCAGAGCAGCAGGGAUCUUUCCUCUCCGCUGCAGCCCAGCGGCAGCAGCAGCAACUCCAGCCCAAACACCAAACUCAGACCCAGAUCCAGAGAAGACUGGAGCCCAGCUGCAGGUCACUACCUCGGUCUGGAGAACCACGCUGACAACCCCCUGCUCCUCAACAAGCAGACCGAUGUCACCGACAAGGACUCGGGUGUGGACAGCUCUCCGGCUAAGACCGCUAAGACCAGGAAGUCCCAGUAUGAGCCCUUAGAUUUGUCCGUCAGACCCGAGGCGGCCAUGUCUCAUUCGGCCAUGUCUCAUUCGGCC